ACGUGAACCCCUUGGAGUCCCGAGUUUGGUAAACGCUGCCCUAACCUUAACCACUUAAUUUAACCAAUUUAAAUGUAAACUUCAUUGGAGUGACGUCAGAGUUUGACGUCCCUAAGGAUGCCGUAUUGCAAGGACCUAWAUCUCACCAAGACAACACGUCGGAAUCAACACAUUUAUAGGGAAGGAAACGCUAGACAGACUGUAAAAAGGUAUCAGUCAUGGAGGUUACAGAAAAGGUGAWGCCCAAAAACGCCCAGCUGCUAUCUCUUGGCCACAAUGACACUUGUCGCCUCUUGGAGGUGUAUGUGAAGCGCAGCAUCAGUUUAAAUGAUGGGACAUGUGAGGACCAGAGGUCACCAACAACGCCUCAGAAGUGGGUGACACUGCCAGAGAAAUGCAUAAGAGUCCGUCGGCAUUCUAGUGACGCCUUGAUCACCUUGGAGCCCAGCACACCUGACGAGGGCAUUGCCAGUAGCACACCACCUAAUGAGGAAGUUGUUAUACCAAAUGUGUCUAUAGUAGAAAUCCCUGGGCCUGCUGACAUUCCUGAGAUUGAGACGUCUACUGAACUGGAGAACAAGUCUAAAAAGGGCAAGAAGAAGAGCAAAAACACCUCUUUCUGGAAAGGUUUUCUGGGUUUUUUCUCGACGAAGGGGAGUGACAAGAAAGACGAGCAGGAGUCUGGCACAGAGAAAGAUGGACAGUCACAAGGAACCUUGCAGAAAAAGAAAUCCAUAAGGCAAAGUAACUCCACGAGGAGACUAUCUCUGAGAAGAAUCAAGAUUGACAGCCACAGAGGGUCUGUGAAGAGACCAUUGGCUUUGGACAGGGCCAAGACCACUGACAUAACUGGAGUUGAAUCGGUUUUGAGUGUGGGGCCUACUGACUCGUACUAUGAGAAAGUUUCAGAAGAGCUGGAGAAGAUUGUGCAUGAGGUGAAAGAGACAGAGACGGCUCUUACAGAUGAGGACGUCAUCAAAAGGAUCAUUGUUCUGAUGAAGCAGCAAGGAGACCUCAUUGAUAGCAAGCUGAAGGAGAACCCCARCUUGAGCUCAUUCUUCCAGAAGCUGUCCUAUAGCACCUUCCAGCAGUUAGCUGAUACGUACGUGGAGACAGAGACACCUACAAGCCAGAGCCGCCAUGCACCACACACUGCUGGAUCUGGGCCCGACAACGCCCCGGAGCUGGUCAAGCUUGCCUUCACUCUGGACUUCACAGCCAGGGUAGCCUGUCUCUCCAGGCAUUCCAAAGGCCACAUCAUGGGCCUGGGCCACCGCUACUUAGAAGACCGCUUCACCCAGACACAGGUAACAACACCAGAGGUUAAUCCAGAUCAGACGUUGCAUAACUAUGAUGAUCAUAAUCAUUGAUACGUCACAUGCAAAAAAGRCUGCAGGGGAAACCGAACAUUCUUCGUGGUGUAAAAGCACAUGGAGUGCUCCUCGAUUCCUUGUGACACAAAUGGAAUAGAUUACUUAAAGAUGACUGAAAAUGCAACCCAGAGGCAAGUCACGAAGGGAACAUCACACACAACACUUAUAGUAGGCCUUGUACCUGUACAUCUACACUAGGGCAAUCUGUGUAAUUACUAUGUUUACAGGUUAGUAAGUAAUGGAAAUGCAAUAUGGAGUUCUUAACACUUUUUACUAUGUUUACAGGUUAGUAAGUAAUGGAAAUGCAAUAUGGAGUUAACACUUUUGGUACACUCUGUAUUUAUUUACCUAAAUUAUAAAAUGUAAUAUGCCAUUUAGCAGGCACUUUUAUCCAGAGCAACUAAUCAUGUGUGCAUACAUUUUACGGGAAUUGAACCCACUAUGCUGGCAUUGCAGACACCAUGUUCUACCAACCUACGCCACAGAGGACCACUAGUGAUAGUAAGUACUAUGUACUGUAACUGCAUUCACUAACUACCCUGCUACAAGGUACAGGUACAUAGGUUAUUCCUCAUUCUUAAUCCUGGUUCUGGGGACACAAAGGUGUGCAUAUUUUAGUUUUUGCCCUAGCUCUACACACCUGAUUCCACUAAUCAAAGGUUUCAUGAUGAGUAAUCUAGGUGUGUUAGCUGGGGCUGGGACAAAACUGUGACAUCAAUCAGGCCCUCGAGGACUAGAAUUGCCCACCCCUGUAGGGUAAUGCCCUGUUUCUGGAAAUUAUACUUAUGACCCCUGUACCUUUCACCUGAAAGAAUAAGAAAAUCAAGCUAUUGAACAGAACUUUAUGUAUUUAUGUAGCAAUAUUUCUAGGAAGUAUAAUACUAAACAAAUUAUACUAAACAAAAAUAUAAAUGCAACAAUUUCAACAGUUUUACUUAGUUCAUAUAAGGAAAUUAGCAUACGUGUAUUUACACUUUUUUUUUUAUUGAGUACAAUCUUUAGUUUCAUCAUUGUUUUUCUGUUUUUUCAGUCAAAGGAUGAACUACUAAUAAAAAAAUGUGCAAUUUUAUACUGUGUGUCAACUAAAAAAGAAUACUUGAGUAUCCCGAAUAAUAAUGGUUUAUUGGUGUGCAUUUAAACAUGGUCAUUGUGAUGCACCGAGGUCACAAACUCCAUUUUAGACGAGACUGAUUUUAUKACCAAAAUUAUCCUAUUUACACUUUGUAGUCAAUUUUGACACUAGAAUAAAUGUUUGACUCAUAUUGUUGCCACAUAGGCCGUUUUCAAAGGGAUUAGUUGUUUUUUAGGGUCAGUUGCUCUAACAGACAUUCCCUGACAAACAUUUGGGCACAGUUUCUAAACCCAGAGGCGCAACAUCGUGACACUUCUGGGAAUGCUUGCGAUACAGACCAGGCUGGGGUUUGAGAAGUCAAAAAUCUAAAGSCACAACCUAGAUUKGAGUCAAUGCCUUAAGUAGUUGAACAUGCUAUUACUCCAACCUCAUGAAAGUGACAAACUGACACGUUUUCAUUUGUCAAAAACAACAUAUCGAARGAGUGCCUUUGAUUUGAUGGCCUGCACUUGCGUAGCUCGGUGUGAGAUAGCCGAUGACGUGUUUCUACGCAUGAGCUUAGCCAGCCAACGUCGCCUACAAGUGGGAUCGGCGAUUUCUAUUGGAGAAGCAGUUUUAGCCUAUCUUCAUACUGUACUGUCUUUGAUUUGGGCACACCUAUUUAAAAUGGUUCAAAUCAGCUGUGUCAAAUUAACCACAUCCAUUAGCUGGACCAAUAGAAACAUGGAAACAAUUAAAUUCAUGAACACAAUUUUCUAUAGAGGUUGAGAUGGGGKAUAAUUUAACUUUAGAACUGUUGACGAUUAAGUGAAUUAUUGACUAAAAACACAACUUGCUCUUAAAUAAUGUGAAUAAAUAUAUGCAUUCAGUAAAUAUAACCUAGAAUGUAUGUAGGUGAGGAUUAGGUCUGYUAUUCAUCUGCCAAGGACAACAUAGCUCGGGCCAGGAGUAUCCCCUCCUUCCAGGGACAUCCUCUCCAUGUGUGGGGAAGCCAGGGUCUCCUCAAUGCUGUGGCAAAACUCCAGUGGCAGCAGCCUCUGGCAGUGGUAGAGUAGAGACCUCAAACAAUCAAUCAAAUGUAUUUAUUAAGCCAUGUUUACAUCAGAAACC